GGACAAGAAAUGAAAGUAAAAGCAUAGUUCUUUUUCUUUUGCUCUCUUUAAUCUUUACCAAUUCAAACGUGAAACAGCCCCAUUGUUAUACAAGCACGGUUGUGCAACUUGUUUCCACAUUCCUGUUAAUAAUUGAGACGUUAUCCGUUCUUGAACUUUUUAAUCUGCCUUAUCAUUUCCAUGCCUUCAUCAAGAAGAAACUGAAACUGAUAAAUCCCCAAUUGGUUUCAGUUUGAUUAGUGGCUCUUAGACACUAAAGAAGGAGAAAAAUAAAAGAUGUAUGUAACUAGGCCUUUGUCUAUGUACAGAAGAUCUCCAAGCACUUUGUCAAUACCACCACCAGAUGCUCCAUAUUCAGGUUAUCUAGUUAUCACGGAUGAGGAAGCGGAAGCCGAAGACGCGUGUUGUUGGCGUCUGUUCAGGCGUAAGAGAGUGAAGAAACUACCUUUCCCUCAGGACAAAAUCUUCUCAAUAACUCAUGGAUCAGAGUAUGAACAAACUUCAAACACCAAGGUUUGGUUUCUCCCUGUGCCUGAUCACCCUCUUUCUUCCAACCGCUACUAUGUCAUCAGAGCCAAAGGAAGAAACAAAGGGAAAGCAUGCAAAAGCUCAAGAGAGGGGGACAUAGUCAGUUGCUGCUUCACUGACCUCUUGAAUGACAAAGGGCCAAAGCCUUUCAGUCUGAAAGACUUGUACCAAAUUUUCAAGAUUCAUAGCCACCAGAGUGGUGGCUUUUUUGCUAAGUCCAUUGCUCCUGAUGGAAUUCCUCCCUCUUUCCUAAGGAAAAAAGGAUGGAGAAUUCAAAUAUCAGGCUCAUAUAAAUCUUGCAGACUAAGGGAAGCUCUAGGUGUUGAUGCCCCACUUAGGGAGAAGCUCCCAGAUUUUAAUUUUCCUAUCUCUAGAAAAAAUUCACCUCCUGUGGUUGUAGGAAACUGGUAUUGUCCAUUUAUCUUUGUGAGGGAAGGAUCAGCAAAAGCUAGACACCAAAUGAAGAAGUCCAUGUUUUACAGCAUGAGACUUGAGCAAAGGUGGGAAGAGAUUUACUCUUGUGGCAGUGAUGAAAGUGAAGGGGAUGUUGAUGUUGUGGUUGUGAAUGUACUUGUGGAAAGAGAGGUCGUUAGGGUCUCUGGCAUGGAAGCCUCAAAGAGUGGAAGAACUGAUGCUAAUGGUUUCUUCUGGUUUAGAGCAUAUAAUCCAUAUACUAGAAGAAGGGCUAAUGUGGGUUUAAGUUCAGCAAUUUUUGAACACAUGAGAUGGGUGGAAGAGCAAGGAGGUUGGGCUCAUGGCCAUGGGAAAGAAAGGAUGGUAAGAGUGAGAGAAGAGGUAAGGAGCCAGACUCAGUGGGUGAGGUUUGGGUGUUAUGUGUUGGUGGAGAGCUUCUGCCUUAGGACACUGGAUGGGAAAUUGGUGUUGAGAUAUGACUUUAGGCACACCCACCAUGUAAAAUUCAAAUGGGAGUAAGGAAAAAAGAUUAACUCGCCGUAGUUAACUCAAUUCAAGCUAGAAAUAUUCACAUUAUGAUGGGGUUAGCUCUCCCAACAGAAUUUAUUUCAGUCACAAGACUCAAACUUAUGCCUUGUAGCAUGUCCUAUUUGAACUAACCACUUGUUGGUGAUACUAUUGUGGUUCGCAAAUGAAUUUAUAUGCUCUCUUGAUCUUCUGUGUAUUUGAUAAUGAAAAGCAGCUUAAUUUCAAAUGUA